AUGCCACGAAAGCCGAUUGUUGGAGGAAAUUGGAAAUGCAACCCGAAGACGAUCAAGGAAGCCCUGCAGCUUAUCCAGGACUGGAAGAACCAGGUUCCUGUGGACAAGAGAAAGAUUGAGGUGUUCGCUUGCCCCAUGAUGCCCCAUCUCCUGAAAGUGAAACAGCCUUUGGAGAAGAUGGGUAUCUCUGCUUGCGCGCAGAACUGCAGCAAGACCGGAGAGGGCGCGUUCACCGGAGAGGUGAGCGCAGCGCAGCUAAAGGACUCGCGCGUCCAGUGGACUCUAGUUGGCCAUUCCGAGCGGCGCACCAAGUACGGCGAGACGGAUGAGGAUGUGGCGGAAAAGGUGGCGCAGGCCCUGGCCGCAGACGUGAAGGUAGUGUUGGCCAUCGGGGAGCUGCUGGAGGAACGGGAGGGUGGUAAGACCAAUGAAAUCAAUGAGCGCAUGCUCGCCCCGGUCAUCAAGAAGGUGAAAGCAGAGGACUGGAACCGCAUUGUCAUUGCUUAUGAACCUGUUUGGGCCAUUGGCACCGGGAAAGUGGCAACUCCCGAGCAGGCUGAAGAAACGCAUGCUGCGAUCCGAGCCUACUUGGCGAAAGCUGUGAGCGAGGAAGUGGCGGAAAAGGUCCGAAUCCAGUAUGGUGGCUCCGUCACUGUGGAGAACUGCCGGCUGCUUUUGCGUGAUUUCCAUGAUUUCGCGGAGCUUGUACAGGAGCUCAGUCCGAUGUUCUCUGAGGUAACGUGCAACACGAAGGGCAAUCCGACAGCUCAUGGCACACUGGACCUCGGAGCAGCACUGCCCAACAACACUCUUAUUCUCAUUUUCCCGUGGACCUUGGCUACCAUGGUUUGCGGUGACUGCGCACGGGACACGCGGUUGGCGGCGCCUCUUGCGCCUAGCGGGGCGAAAGCGCUCCAUCAGCCGGGGCCUGGGGCUGCUGGCGUUCGUCCACAGCUGAACUAUGCUCGAAGGGCCUUUCAGUUUCGCGCUUUAGCGAUCAGAUUUUCGGUCCAAGGUCUCUUGACGACACUCUUUGUCGUGCGUGCUGCGCAGAUUGGCCAACUCCAGCGAUGGGGAGGCCUCGUGGCAAAGCUUUCGGAUGACCCCUUCUGGCUCUCGGCGGCUCUCCUUGGAGUGGCCUCCAUCCUUUUGCCGGUUCCACGGGUCAUUCUGGCCGCGCCAGCAGUGGUGGUCAUGCUCUUCUGUGAAGUUGAGUUAGAACCUGGCCUGUUCUUUGGUGCGGUGGCAUGGCUGAUGCAGACGCUGCAACUCCUGUCGGAGCUCAUCUGCAGUGUCAAGGAGUUUCUGCUUUGCAUUCUCCACUCCUGGACCUUGCUCCCACAGCGUGCAGCGGGACGCGAUUCUGGAGGCCCGUCAGGCCUGAGGGCUGUGGAGUGGGGCGCUGCCCUCGUCUUCCCUUUGUGUGUUGCAGCCGUUGUGUACCAUGUGGUGGCUAUGAGGUUGGAAAGAUGGAUGGCGCGGCAACGUCUCCGCCGUGGACUGCAGACGGCGCUGGCGUCACCUUUUCGUGCAGAGUUCGAUGGCAAUUUCGGCCGUCAGGGCCAUGCUGGCCGACAUCGCAAGGACAGUUCUUUCUCCUUGCAGUUCAUCAACAGCGGAAACUUCUCUGAGGAGCAAUUGGCGAGCUUCAAACAGAAGCUGCCGAUCCUGCUCGAGGCUCGACGCGGGCUCUUGGCACAGGAGGCGGAAGAUGAGGAAAUGCUGCAGGACCACUUCGAGCUCCAUGUCCGCCGAAGCCACAUACUGGCAGAUAGUUGGGAAGCCUUACAGGAGGCAGCUUACUUGGAGCUCCUUGCGCCCAAGCUGCGCAUUGAGUAUGAAGGUGAACAGGCCCAAGAUCAAGGCGGUGUUGCGCAGGACUGGUUUUGUGGCGUCGGCCAUGCGCUAGCUGCGGAUGCAGGCAAAGAUGAGAGCAGUUCCAUUCUGACAAUGGGCAAGAGCAGCAGGAUGCUGAUCCCCCGGCCAGUGCAGAGCAAAGAGGCCGAUGGGUCAGCUGAAGGGCGCUACCGUGACCUUUUCGUUUGCGGCCGCUUCCUGGCGUUGGCCACGCUCCAUGGAGGUCGGCCUUUGCCGAUGCCACUAUCUCCGUUUGUGUGCAAAUAUCUGGUUGGCGCGCCCGUGGAGCUCUCUGAUAUGAAACAUCUGGACAGUGAUUUCUAUCGUCAGCGAGUUGAGCCCCUGCUGCGCCCGAAUGGUCUGGAAGAGGUCGAGUCUGCUUUGGGCGAGCCUUUGACUUUCUUGUCCGUUCCCACUGAGCUGAGACCAGCCGAGGAGCUGGAGCCUGGCGGUGCCUCACGUGUAGUGAACAAGCAAAACCUUCACAGGUACCUGGUCCUUCUUUGCGAGGCCUUCCUUUGCAGUGAACUCCGUGAAGAGCUGCAGUGCCUGGUGCAAGGCUUCUGGGACGUCUUGCCCCUGGAAGCCCUGCGAGCAGCCCAUUUGGAGGCCAGCGACCUUGCAAUCUUGCUCACUGGAUCCUGCGGUGUGGAUGUCGGCGAAUGGCGCCGCUGCAGCGAGGAGCAAGCGGACGCAGGCCUCGUGAUCUCCUGGUUUUGGGAGAUAGUGGAAGAGAUGCCGGAAGAGCUUCGGCGACAGCUUCUCCGCUUCGCCACUGGCAGCGCUCGGCUGCCACCAGGCGGCUUUGCAGCCCUGAAGCCCCGCUUUGCCGUGGUUGUAUCUGCCGCUGGCUCGGAAGAGCAUCUCCCGCAUGCUCAUACAUGCAUCAACCAGCUUGUGCUGCACAGGUAUGCUUCAAAGGAGCAGUUGCGCUGCAAGCUGAGCAAGGCCUUGCCAACAGAGAGCUUUGGAUUUGCAUAG